AUGGAAAGUCAAAUCGCUCUGACCGCUCUCUCAAGCAAAUGGGCGGUGGUCGCAGCCAUCGCCGUCACCUACGACUACUUCCUCACACUCAACACAGAGAUUCAUUGCAACGCAAUCGCACUGUGUUUUUCUUUAUUGGUCACCGUCAUGCUCAUAUCCGGCGCGGUGCUGGGGUCUGGGAACGCCGUCCCCUCGCUUUACGCAGCGAUCAAGACUCGGUCCACCUACGACCCAGGACCCAACAACAUGCUCACCUUGUGUAACGCGGAUUUCUCGCAAUUUGAGUCCUUCCGCAAAGGAAUUGCACAGCAGAGGCUGAGAAUUACUACGGCAUUCUUUCAAAACGGUGUUGCAUACUUCGCUGCACUCCUCAUUGGAAACAUCAUUAAUCUUGCAUUCAUCAACAAUGUGGAGAGUUCGAAGCUGAUGUUACCUUUCAACCAGCUGUUGUUCAAUCUCAUCGGGGCGCUCACUGCCAUGACGGUGGUCUUGACCUGCCGCUUCAUCCUCGACUUGUUCGAAGCGAGCGCGAGGGGACGCUUCGGCACUGUCCCGACAUUACACCUCUCAGCCAUGGUGCCCUCGCGCUCCCUUGCGUUCCCACACGUUGGCGGCCUCGGCGCCAAUGGAAACCCCCAGGGAAUUUUCGGCGCGGAUGUCAGUUGGGGCAGUACAGAAGAGAGCGAGAGCGACUGGAGUAAGAAAGACGAUCACGGCUUCGAGCUCCAGCCUGUGAACCCGGAACGACAAAUAUCGGAUGCGCACCCUUCCAGAUCGGAUUCGUGA